CGCAGAGGAAGGAGGACCCAGAGCAGACAAAAAGCUAUUACACAGCCUCUGAGCACACACCCACCUACACACACACACACACACACACACACACACCUGUGACUCCAGCACAGUGUUCAGACCAGUACAGAGGAGGACCUUGGCCUGUCCAGAGGCACAAUUAAAACCCCAAACUCCCUGCCGGCAUCUCAGAAGUCAGUUGACUUUGACUCCAGGAAAAUGCAUUUUCGAGAGUAAAGGGAGUGAGCUGAGCCUGGCCCAGAGAGAUAAAGCAAGGAUCAUCUGACAUCUUCUUCAGUUCACAGACAGUUCAGAAGUUAAAGACAGACCAGGAGGAGAAAAGAACAGGCCAAGGAAGACUCAACAGAGGAGAGAGUGGGCAUUCAUUUCUGACGAUGGAACAGAUUUGGCACAUGCAGGUCUCCCCCCAGGACACUGCUGGAGAUCUGAAAAAGAAGGUGUCAGUCACUAGCCAGCCAGAGUGCUCCAUCUGCUACAACUACUACGACAAUGUCUUCAAAACACCCAAGCUGCUGGAGUGCACCCACACCUUCUGUCUGGAGUGCCUCUCCCGCCUCAUGGCUGUCUCUCUGGCUGACCAGGACGAUAACAGCGGCAGCACUCGCCUCUCCUGUCCCUUCUGCCGUCACCCCACCAUGCUGCCUGAGGAGGGACCCCCUGCUCUGACAACCAGCCGCGAGGUCCUCUGCAAGCUGCCCAGCCACCAGCAGCACGAAGAGCCAGUGUGGCUGGAGGGGGAGAAGCUGUGCUAUAAGAGCUCAGGGCAGGACGCCAGCUCGGGCGCCCCUGACAGUCCAUCAGCCUUCUGCAUCUGCAUUGAUAUUGGAGCGAGUAAGGCAGUGGAUGCUCCGAUCCAGACCCAGAGCCAGACCCGGACUUUUGGCCUGCUGGACCGGCUAUCAGACUGGAAGAGGAUGGUGCUCUUCAUCGUGCUCAUGGUGCUGCUUAUUGUAGUUGUGUUGUGGCCACUGCAGUGUGUAUUCAGCACUGGGAACAUGCGCUGUAUGCGAGAACCUAUCCACUCAAACCCAACUACGCCCCCAACAACUACCACUCAUCUCAACCUGUUCACCAGGCAAACUGGUCUGACAGAUUAAACUUAUAGACUGACUGGACUUCACUGGAACUAUAUUGUUUAUGACACAUUUGACACUGUACAUUCUUUGUGCAUAACUGCACUUUCGCUAAGUGCACAUUGACACACACAACUGUGAAAACCUCAGAUGUCUAACUUGCAACAGAACCACAGAUGUUAAAGCCUCUAUGUGUAGGCUUUUAAGAUGUCUGAGUUUAGUGCCCCCGGCAGUGGUUUCAACAAAAGAGAGACUGUGGUGGACCCCGCCAAGGGAUGGAGAUGAAGGAGCUGGAAGCAAUACCGACAGCACCAAUUUUCACUUGAAUUUUGUGUUAUUGUGUCAUAUGCCAUCAGACUUAUUAGAAUUAGGUUGAAUUUCAAAAUAAGAAUCACAUGAAAAUUUAACCCAUAGCAGCUUCAACUGUUCAUACAAGCUUGCAAAGACACAAAUGCCACCAAAGAGUGGAGGGAGAUGAACUGUGAUGAACACUUCAAUUGUGUCCAGUGACACAAACACAGAAUACACAUUUUUGCACUUAAAUCAACACCUGUAGUUUUAAAUUACAUCAGAAUUUUGUGUCUAACUGGUUUGAAUGAAUUUGUUGUCAUUUUCGGACAUUUGGCAGAGUAUCAGAUAACAGAGGACAUGAGUGGGUUGAUUUGUGCAAAUCAUUAAGCAAUAAGGAGGAAACUCGCCGCUGUAUCCAAGCCAAACAGUGACGUAUAAAAUACUGAUGUGAACUUUGCUUUGCAAACAUCUGGUUGGCUAAAAAACACUUCAGUUGAGUUCUAGUAAGAAAACAAGGUCUGCAACAGAAGAAAAUGAAUGUAAACCCAAUGUGCCAACUACGAACUCAAACUUUAUAUAAUGUACAUUUGAUUUGUGUGUUUUGAUACGUCCUUGUUUACAGAACUGUAAUAAAAAGAUCCUGUUUCUGGGAAAGAACAAA